AUACCUGCUAUCUAGUCACGAUAUUAUGAUGAACGAACCAUCACCGCCGGGCGGCGAGUCAUUUUCGAUUCGACACGAUCGAUUUCGUAAUAUUUUAAAACCGUCUGACUGGGACGAGUUUACCAAAUCGACAGACGACAAACAGAAAAUAAAGUUCGUAUACGAACGACUGUACGCGCACGGACAGGCUUUUGCAGGUGACAGUAAUAACAAGUAUUCUACUGAAGAAGAAUCGACGAGCUACAAAAAUGGAGUUAAGGCUUUGGAAAUGAAAAAAUCCGGGACUAAUUAUUUUCAAAAGUCGGAUUAUCGAAAUGCGCUAAAUUGGUAUUCUUUAGCUGUCCUCCAUUGUCCUCAAACCAAAGAUUGGAAGGAACAAUUAUCUAUCAUCUAUGCCAAUCGAUCGGCGUGUCUAUAUCAUUUAGAAAAUUACGACUUGGCCAUUUCGGACAUACAACAGGCGCUCGACCACGGAUAUCCUAAGGAUCUACGAUACAAAGUUUACGAUAGGAAAGCGCGAUGUUUCCUGGCCACGAAACAAUUGAAAUUGGCAUUAGAGUCGUUUAGGACAACCAUACAGUAUCUGGAUGAUUCGCGUUUGUCGUUUGAUGAACGGCGUAAGCGACAACUGGACGUACAGAUCAUGCUGACGAUGUUGGAUAAGGACAAGCAUGUUAAAAACGGGAUCAUAGAGACCAGUACAAAGAAACCGGAGGAACCGGAAAUGGAUGGCAGCCGGAACGACGCAUAUCCGGCGUUCAGCAACGCAGUGUCCAUCGAAUACAACGAAACUGAAGGGAGACACGCGGUAGCCGGAAGGGACGUGCCCGUCGGGAAAGUUUUGUUGGUCGAGCGGGCGUACGCCUCAGUCCUACUUCGAGAAUAUAAUCAUUCGCAUUGCACCAACUGUUUCGUCAGAUUAGUGGCGCCUUUACCGUGUCCGGAUUGCGAAAGAGUGGCGUUUUGCAGUGAGUUUUGCAAAAGAACCGCUUUGGAAUCGUAUCAUGCGAUAGAAUGUUCGAUGUUGCCUGCGCUUUUCUCGGCCGGCGUUUCUAUAACGUGCCUGAUCGCACUUCGAAUAAUCACGCAACGGCCGUUGAAGUAUUUCAUCGACCUACGAUCAAAAUUAUUAAAUCAUACGCUGAGGCCACGUGACGAACACGAACCCGAUAACUACAUAAACUUGUACGACUUGGUCACCCAUCGGGAAACGAGAUCUGUAGAAGACAUAUUACAUAGAACACACGUGGCUGCUUUUUACUUGUCCUGUUUGAAAAAGACAAAUUAUUUCACUACAGACUGUGAUACAAACCGUCGACUAACCGAUGACGAGUUGUUCAUUGGAAGUCUGUUGUUACAUCAUUUGUUACUGCUCCAAUUUAACGCAUUCGAAGUGUCCGAACUCCGACAACUUGACAACGAGCAACAGACCGUGUUCAUUGGCGGCUCCGUUUACCCUACCUUAGCAUUGCUGAACCACUCUUGCGACCCAUGCGUUGUCAGGUACCACCGAGGAACAACAGUCGUGGUACACAACAUCCGAGAAUUGCAUGCUGGAGAAGCGAUUACAGAAAAUUAUGGUCCAAUGUUUAUGUACCACCCAAAAGAAGAGCGAUUACAGAAACUUAAAAAUAGGUAUUGGUUUGAAUGUAAUUGUAUUGCCUGCUGUCAAGAUUGGCCAACUUUGGAACAGAUGAAGACAAAUACAUCACUCAGAAUCAGGUGUAAACAUUGUAAAAAUGCAAUCACGGUAACAACAGAAUCAAUGGAGUUUGUAGUACAUUGUAUGGUUUGCUCAAAAACAACUAAACUGUUACCGGUUCUAAAAGUUUUGCAGGAUACUGAGAAUAAAUAUUCUGUUGCCAAACGGUUAAUGGAUAAGCACAAUUAUGAAAAGGCUUUAGCAGAAUUUAUGAUACUUUUAUCAUUAUUGCAUAAGCACAUGGUGCCACCUUUCAGGGACUACCAUCUAUGCCAGCAAGCAAUAAAACAGUGUAUGUUGACAUUUGGAAAUAAAUUAUAGUAAUUUAUUUUUGAGUAUGACAGAUAGUUUAUACAAAGCUUAAUUGUAAAACAUUCAUAUUAAAAAAAUAUAAUUA